AAAGCUGGUCUUAAAUCUGGUGAUCAAGUUCUGUACACAAGCAGCUUCUUUGGAGAUGAGCUUUGGCCUGCUGAUAAGUUGGGGUUCACUAAAACCGCUAUUCAGGCCAAACCUGAUUCUGUCUACUUUGUUGUCAGCAGGGUUUUGACAAGUACAUGAACCUAGUGUUGGAUGAAGCUGAAGAAGUGAGCCUCAAGAAGAUUAACAGGAAACCAUUUGUGUCUCCGCCAUGAAACCGCGGCGGCAGAACGUCUCGGGUCGAACCAUCUAUCGGCGCUUUACGCGAUCGAUGACCAGACUUCAUCAAAACUCGCUCCCGGUUCCUGAUGAACUCGUUUACGAGAUACUCUCGAGGUUGCCGUCGAAGGCUAUAGCGAGAUGUCGUUGCGUAUGCAAUCUCUGGUCCUCCGUGCUUCGCCGUCAAGACUUCACAGACUCCUUCUUGACCAAAUCGAGUGCUCACCCUCAGCUUCUGUUCGUCUUCGAAGGCUAUAGCGAGAUUCACUUCUUCUCGUCGCCUCAGCCUGAAAAUCCGGAAGAGAACUCGUAUGUUGUAGCCUCCAAUCAUCUUGCGUGCUUCCCAAGUCCCUUUAGCUUAUUUUUGUGUACCAGUGGCUUCUCGUGUUAUGGACAGAACCUGAUCUUGAAUUGCAAGGCUAAGAUGGUAAUAUGUAACCCCAGCACGGGACAGUCCUUCACGUUACCAAAAUUGACGUUUAAGAGGAAGACAAACUAUGUAUUGUACACCUAUUAUGGGUAUGAUCUGAUUGAGAAAAAUUUCAAGGUAUUGUCAAUGGCAUGUUGGCCUGCAAGUAAUGGAUUGACCUCCGUGGAGCACCAAGUUCUGACAUUAGGAGCUAAAAGAUUGUCAUGGAGGAUGGUAGAAUGUUGCAUCCCACAUUUGCCUUCCUGUGGUUCUAAGUGGAUAUGUAUCAGCGGUGUUUUGUACUACUUAGCCGCAGCCAACAGUUGGUCUUUGGAAUCUAUGGUAGUUUGUUUUGAUUUCAGGACUGAGAAGUUCACCCUUAUUAAUUGCAUGGAAACUUUCAAUAGAGCACUGCCUGAUUCAACAAAUAUGGUAAACUACAAUGGCAAACUAGGUUUGCUUAUGUCGGGAGAUUCUCAUGAUGUUACUCCAGCAAGUACAAGUUUUGAGCUGUGGGUUCUGCUUGACGCUGCAAAACAUGAGUGGUCCAAGCAUGUAUACGUAUUACCACCUUCUUGGGAGGAUGUAGUUGCAGAGACCAUGUGCAUUACUGGAAUGGUUGGUACAAAUGAAAUUGUCUUCUCCCCGCUCUACCAAAGAGUGCCUUCCUAUGUUAUUUACUUCAAUGUGGAGAGAAAGACAAUAACAAAAGUUGGAAUAUUAGGGAUGGAAGCGUUUCAGGGUAAGAUAUUCAACACCUAUCUUAACUUUGUUGAGAAUGUGAAGCUUCUUUAAGCAUUUUAAGUGAGUAGGCGUCGUUUUCAUUUUGUGUGUUGUUUUUUUUCUAGCGUCUUAGUUUGAAGCUUCUGUAAGCGAAAAAUCUUUGUCAUAAACUCUUUAAGAUGAUGAUGAUUUAAUUAUUAAUCAAAAAGCUUGAUCCUAA